AUGAGAUGUGCGGCGGCGGCACGCUCUCUCCUCCCCCUCCCACCCGCUGCGGCGCCCAUCCACACCCACACCGCAUCCCCUUCCCUGGCCGCCGAGCUCGCCGCCGCCGACGCCCUCCACGCGCUGCUCUCCACGCUCCCGCCCUCUCUGCCCACCCUCCUCCCCUGCCUCUCCCUCCUCUCGCCCCGCCUCACCCCGCACACCGUCUCCGAUGCGCUCCUGUGGGCCGACCUCCCUGCCGCAUCCCGCAUCCGCCUCUUCCUCUUCUCCGCCCUCUCCCCGCGUCUCCGCUCCCCGCUGCUCCACUCCCGCGCCGUCUCCGUGCUCCUUUCCGGCGACCCCGAUGCCGCAAUGUUCGACGCCCUCGCCGACGCCCGCGCCGCCGGCCUCCCCGCGCCGUCCGCCGCAUUCGCGGCACUCGUCACCGCGCACGCCUCAGCAGGCCGACCCCAAGAGGCCGUCGACGCCUUCUCCCGGAUGGGCGACUUCGAAUGCCGCCCCACCGCCUUCAUCUACAACGCCGUCUUCAAGGUCCUCGUCGACAGCGGCGCGAUCCUCCUAGCCCUGGCGCUCUAUAAUCGGAUGGUCAGCGCCGGAUGCCCGCCCAACAGGGCCACCUACAAUGUGCUCAUGGAUGGGCUGUGUAAGCGGGGCAUGGCGGGUGACGCCCUCAAGAUGUUUGACGAAAUGCUCGAGAGGGGGAUCGUGCCGGACGUGAAGAUCUAUACUGUGUUAAUUUCGUCCCUGUGCAGUGCAGGGAGGACUGAGGAAGCUGCGCGUCUCAUUUGCUCCAUGAAGGAGAAGGGGUGCCCACCCGACGAGGUCACAUACAACGCUUUCUUGAGCGGGCUCUGCAAGGCUGGCAGGGUCGAUGAUGCAUUUGAGCGGUUGGAGCUGCUCCGAGAAGGGGGGUUUGCACUUGGAUUGAAUGGGUAUAGUUGUCUGAUAGAUGGUCUGUUCCAGGCCGGCCGGUUUGAUGAGGGCUUCAGUUAUUACAAGGAAAUGUUGGAGAAGAAUGUUAAACCAGACGUCGUCCUGUACACGAUAAUUAUCCGUGGUUGUGCAGAGGCUGGCAGGACCGAGGAUGCCUUCUCAUUACUCAAUGUGAUGAAGGACAAAGGGUUUGUGCCUGACACUUUCUGUUACAACACACUGCUCAAGGCUUUCUGUGAUGUCGGAAACCUGGAUAAGGCUCAGUCAUUGCGGUCAGAGAUGUUGCAGAAUAAUGUGGCCCUGGACUCAACAACGCACAAUAUCAUGAUAUAUGGACUGUGCAAGAAAGGACUCAUAGAUGAGGCAAUGCAGGUUUUUCAUGAGAUGGGAGAACUUGGUUGCCAUCCGACGGUCAUGACAUACAAUGCACUCAUUGAUGGACUCUAUAGGGUCGGCAGGCUAAAGGAUGCUCAGAUGCUUUUUUAUAAGAUGGAAAUGGGGAAUAACCCCUCCUUGUUCCUUCGACUGACCCUUGGUGCCAACCAGGUGAGGGACAGCGAGAGCCUUCGUAAGCUGGUUGAUGGUAUGUGUGAAUCUGGGCAGGUGCUGAAAGCAUUCAAGCUUGUUCGGAGUAUAAUAGACAGCGGAGUUGUUCCUGAUGUUGUCACAUAUAACACACUGUUAAAUGGACUCUGUAAAGCGAAGAAUCUUGACGGCGCACUGCGGCUCUUCAAAGAGCUCCAACUUAAGGGAAUCUCUCCUGAUGAAAUCACUUAUGGGACUCUAAUUGAUGGGCUUUGGGGGGCACACAGAGAAAAUGAUGCCAUGAUGUUGUUCCAGAGCAUAUUGCGGGGUCAUGGUUCCCCUAGUUUGUCGAUCUACAAUACUAUGAUGAGAUCACUCUGUAGGAUGAAGAAAUUGACGCAAGCAAUCAACCUCUGGUUGGAUUACUUGCCCAAAAAGUACAACCUCACACCAGAAGAUGAAGUAAUCGCUAAUGCCCGUAACUGUUUUGAAGUAAGAUCCCUGGAUGAAGCAGUUAAGGAGUUAAUCAAGAUUGAUCAAGAAUACGACUCCGUUAGCUCAAACCCUUACACCAUUUGGUUGAUAGGGCUUUGUCAGGUAAAGAGAAUUGAUGAUGCUCUUAGGAUAUUUCAUACCCUUGAAGAAUUUGGAAUUGAUGUCACACCCGCGUGCUGUGCUCUUCUUAUCAAUUACCUAUGCUGGGACAGAAAUCUAAAUGCAGCAGUUGAAAUCAUGAUGUAUACAUUGAGUAAACGUUUCAUUGUGUCCCAAGCUGUAGGCAACCGUUUACUUAGGCGGCUUUGUAUCCGUUAUAGAAGGAAGGAUGCACAGGCACUUGCAUGGAGAAUGCAUCUUGUAGGAUAUGAUAUGGAUGUAUAUCUCCGUGAGCCUACAAAAACUUUGCUAUACAGUCAAUAG